CUCUUUGAUAGUAGUUUGUAAACAAUGCUAUUUAUUUAUUUGCAGUGCAUUUUGUAGUUUUAUGAAUAAUUCGAUAUUACAGAAUAAUUUGGUAAAAAAUACUGUAAAACUGAUAUAACUAGAUUUUUAUUUGUUAAAUAAUUUUGAAGAAAUCCAAGGCAUUCUUUUGAAUUACAUUGCUUAUUACGAUGGGUAAAAAAUCCGUUGUAUCAACAAAUAAGAGCAAAGAAAAGCGUCAGGCGCGAAAACUUGAACAGCGUCGUAUAGCAGAUGGAAUGACUUAUGUUACUCAGGCAAAUAAACUGGAAGAUAUAGCAUCCUUGUGUAAGGAACUUUUAGUGUACAAAAACAACAAUCUUCAAGUAGAAAUGUACAUUCAAAGGAUGUCGGAACUUGACAAAAAUGUACUUCAGUGGGCUAUUGGUCUAACUGAGAGAAAUAUGAAAACACUAUAUGAAACUUGUGCAUGGGGCUGGAAUAGGGAGCGAAAAGUUGAGGAAAUGACAGACGAUGCAGCUUGGUAUCUCAUUGCCAAGGACAAUGAUAAAUUCUUGGCAUUUUCACACUUUCGAUUUGACAUGGAUUUUGGAGAUCCUGUAUUGUAUUGUUACGAGGUUCAGGUGGAAGCGGACGGGCGACGUCGUGGGUUGGGCCAACGCGUGCUCCGUGUGCUGGAGCGACUGGCGCGGAACACACGCAUGACGUGCGUGCGGCUGACGGCGCUCACACACAACCCUAGUGCGGCCGCCUUCUUCCGAGCGUGCGGAUACAGUACAGAUGACACUAGUCCACCGAAAGAAGAAGCAAGUCAUUAUGAGAUACUCAGUAAGUCAACUUGCUUGGACAGCAAUGAUGGAGGGGAGCCGACCGAAUCAUGACUCGAUAUCGUUUUCGCAAAUUUCUACUUAUGAGUAUGAAACUAUAUUUUUUAUAUGAACUAAAUUGUAUUUACUUGUACGAAGUUCUGUUAAGAAAAGAAUAUAAUAAUAACAUUUCAUAAUAAAUUUUUCAAGAUUA